UUCCCCAGCAAGCUCUGCGCGUAGCGUGCGCUAUGGAGCCACAAGUCGCAGAACUGAAGCAGAAGAUCGAGGACACGUUGUGCCCUUUUGGCUUCGAGGUUUACCCGUUUCAGGUGGCAUGGUAUAAUGCACUCUUGCCUCCAGCCUUCCACCUACCCCUGCCAGGACCUACCCUGGCCUUUCUGGUACUCAGCACACCUGCCAUGUUUGACCGAGCCUUCAAACCCUUCCUUCAGAGCUGCCACCUCCAACAACUGACUGACCCUGUGGACCAGUGCGUGGCCUACCACUUGGGCCGCAUUAGAGAGAACCUCCCAGAGUUGAAAAUAGAAGUCAUCGCUGACUAUGAGGUACACCCUAAUCGACGCCCUAAGAUUCUGGCCCAGACUGCAGCCCAUGUGGCAGGAGCUGCUUACUACUACCAACGAAAGGAUGUGGAGGCUGACCCCUGGGGGACCCAGCACAUAGCAGGAGUGUGCAUACACCCCAAAUAUGGGGGCUGGUUUGCCAUCAGAGGAGUGGUGCUGCUGCCAGGAACAGAGGUGCCAGACCUACCACCCACAAAGCCCCUGGACUGUGUGCCUAAGAGAGCUGAUCGAAUCACCCUGCUUGAAGGCUUUAAUUUCCAUUGGCGUGAUUGGACAUACCGGGAUGCUGUAACACCACAGGAGCGCUACUCGGAAGAGCAGAAGGCCUACUUUUCUACUCCUCCUGCCCAACGCUUAGCCUUCUUGGGCUUGGCCCAGCCUUCAAAGGAUACUAGCUCUCCAUCUCCUGAGCUACCUUUUACCACAUUCAGACCCAAAAAGCCCCAGAAUGCCAGCAGAGCCCGGGGCUGGGUCAGCCCCAGUGUCUCACCACCUGCGUCCCCUGGCCCUUGAUAUCCUUCCUCCCCUGGGAUCCCUAUUUAUAAGUGGUACUUGUUGGGACUCAUUUUGCUUUUUGGCAAGGCAAGAGAUUUUAUUUUGAUAUAGUAUUUAUUCUUCAUAUAAGAAUUAUAGUAGAGAUCUUCAAUGAAGAUGAGGCUCAGAGAACUUAAUCAAAACAAAGACAAGACAGAUUCAGAAUACCCACCUGGUUUGAAAUAAUGGGAUUCCUAUUACUAUGUCUCUGCUCCAAUAAGCUACUUGUUACAAAACCUUUAUAAAGGGUAAUCAUCCCCUAAUGACCCCUGCCUCAUAGGCUUGUUGUGGGGACUGAAUAAACGCCUGUAACACACUUCUGAAAGGAUGCCUGGCUUAUACUAAGUGGUCUCAGUAGUCAUUUGAAAGCCCUGAGAAUCCUGUACUGCAGCUCAGAGGGGGUCUUGCUUGGAGGGAUGGGGAUAGGCUGGAAUAGCUGAUAGGUUAUCUAGAAGGGUACAAAAUACUCUUCUGAAUCUUUCCUAGCCACAAGGACUUAGGAGGCACCCACUUUUUCCCCCAGACACACACUCCUCCCUUCAGGAAGAUAAAGGUGGAAAAAGGACUACCCUCAAAUCAAGGCUAUGACUUAGGGAAGCCAAUUAGUGCUAAGCAUGGUUCUUUUGAUAUGGAAAGCUUUACCCUAUAUACCAUAGGGGUUUCCCCCUACCUUUAGUUUUAAAGCCUCUACUUCUGUUUUGAAGGUUUUUUUUCAGCGAGGCUCAAACCACCAUAUGCUAAGUUCCACAGCCAGGUUGCACCAAAAGACUAGAAAAUUUCCUUUUGGUAUUCCUGAAGAACUGGAUUCCUGUUAUAUAGGCCUUGUUCUUCCUCUGGAACUACAAAAAUAUAUGUACAAUUGA